CAAGCCGGAAACGACACAUCGCGCCGCCAGGGCCAUCUAUAGCUCGCAAUGACACUUCCAGUGUCACCCGCCGGCGAAAGGUGGCGGGAGUAUCGACGACGGAACGCUCGCUAGAUGAGUUUCUCGAUCCGACCUUUUUGGCAGUUUUGAAUAGUUCGCAUUUUCGAAGGCAGCCAGAGUUCCUACUCGCGCAAGGCCUAGUAGGAGACCAUCGAAUGCAGCCUUUUAUUGAUUUUGGCAACAAACUUCAGCCGGAAGUGUCGUCAGGAAUAGAGGAUAAGCCUUCUACGGAACCGGACGUGACAUCAGACACGCUGAAAGUGCCGACAGAAAAGCCUGCGUCAGAAAGACCAGAUGUGACAACGGAACCACUAAAACUGACAACAGAGUCACUUCAGGUACUCGCAAACAUACCGGAAACGACGACAGAAUCACCGGAAGUGACGUCGUCAACCCCUGAAGUGACGUCAUCAGCCCUGGAAAUGACGCAGGAACAGACCACCGACGAUAAGAAAGAACGAGGAAGAGGCCAGAGUGCACGUGCACGAUUGCUACUGGAACAGAGAAGACAGUCGGCUAGAACACUAUCUUCUGGUACUCGAAGCACGACUUUGGAGUCAAGGACAGUCGGAGAUGAAAAUUCUGCGAAAAAUCCCGAAGAACAAGAUCCUGAUACUAAUGGUAAACAUGCUUUAGAAGAGUCAGAUAAGCUUCAGCAAACACGCUUUGUUGGCAGAGAACGUUCAAGUCCAAGAGCAAGAACUAGUGAAUCGAAAGAAUCCAAUUCGUCAGUAUUUACAGAAAAUGAGACCGAUGAAGAACGUUCAACAUCAGAAGAGACAGGAACACAUCCAACUAUUUCUAAGUCAAGUACCCACGGAACUUUCAGACAUGAACAUGCAACAACUGUUUCCAACGAUUCUCAAACAACAAAAGAAGCGAGAAACCUGAACAACACGACCAAAUCCUCAACUGAAAGCUCUGAUCUGCAAUCAGACGUCCUCACGCUGGUUCAAACUUCAGAAGGGCAAGUCAACACCCCAUCCACAAACAGGCCACAAAAUUCAACGUCAUUUCAUCAACAAAAUGGCCCACAAAUUAUUUCUACAACAUCUCACAACUCUACAGAUCAUUCCCGUCCAUCAUUCUCGUUACUCCAGCGCAACCGUCUGAGUCUCUACAGAAACCGUUUUCGAAUAAACCGAAAUCGAACUCGCACUGUCGCCUCCACACCAAGUCCUACCCCGUCGGGUGUUCGUAGUGAUCGGCAGGAGGUCGAAAAAGUUCUGGGACUCCUGGGUAGGAUAAGGAACAGGGCAAGGACGCCGCCUGCAUUCCUCAGGCGUGGAAUGAACAACAGGUCUAAAAAGAACGAGGAAGCGUUAGAGGCUGCAACGUCGCCAUUCGGUGAGGAGAGAGCUGAGGCUGGGACAGAGGAAGCUGAAGGUGACACUGAAUCCAAAGAUUCCACGCCAAAGAGUAAGGCUGGUAGUCUCAGUGAACCAGCGCAAAACAAGCUCCAUGAAGAGAGAAAUGAAGAUGAAAUUGCUUCUGCCGAUCGCUCUAAACUCUUCUCUGAGUCUGGGCCAACAACAACCACUCUAUUGACUUCUCGCCAUGAAGAAACCCUGUUAAACACUGGAAAGUCAGUUGGAACGGGCAGCGCACAGGAUGCCGACUCUCGCUCUUCCUCGGAAAGUGAGACAUCGACGGAACCACAAGUUCAGCCCUCCUCAAGCUCCGCACUGAACCGACGGAGACGACCUGAUCACCUUCGCCGAGUACAGUCGUCUGGCAGAGGAAAACCAAAUCUGCUGGCAAAGCGUCUUCGGCAACGUCAAAAUGUCUUCUCUGUCACCGAUGGCGAUAACGUGUCGACUAAAGGUGGGCCGUCUUCUCCUCCGCCACUUCCCGCCGGUUUUCUGCCGACGGUGGCACCUUUCUCCAUCAUUCUUUCCACACUUCCGGUGCCUUUCCGGUCGGGAUUGAUUACAGCACCGCCUCUCCAGAGAAAUUUCACUGUGAGUGUUACCUUCCCGCCUACGAGACGAACGACAGUGCGUGCGCGACUUGGUGUACCACUGCGAAACAGAAAUCGACAAAACAGUGAGCGAACGUCGGUCAGAAAAGCAAAUGAGGCAUCCCGAGCUUCACAAGGAGGCACAUCGGAAGAUAGCCGGAAGUCGUCAGGAAGUCGACCGGAAGUACCGUCUAGGAAAGUACUGGGCACUUCUUUGGCGACGUCAGUAUCGAUCGCAGUGUCACCGCUAGAAUUCAAACUGAGAAAGCGGGUUACAUUGCCUCCGUCCCAAACUUCAGCAGAUCUGGAUUCUAAUGGUAGAAGUGACUUGACUCGGAGUCCAUCUCAAGUGGACUCUGAUGUCACUGAAAUAUCGACGACUGGUGAAUUCGCGCGCAAGGGAAGUGCCAAAGAGCCCAUUACCGAUAUCGUAGACAAAGUGCGGAAUCCAGGAAGGGAAGGUCCCCAAACGGAUCAGUCCUCCCCACAGACUGCCAAAGUGAAUCCAGAUGACUUUAUCAAAACUCAAAUAUUCAGCUCUACAACAGAGCAAAACUUCGACCAGUUCACCUUGUCAGCACCAGAGUUCGGCAGUCUUCCUCCGUGGAAAGGCGAAGCAUCCACUCCUUCCACACAGUGGGAUCAAAGCAUCCACGUGGAAAACAAUCAUAAGAAGUUUAGGGACUCGAACGAUAGAACAUACAAAAACCACCACCAGAACUCAUACAGUGCAGACAACGCUCUGCAGCAGCGAAACGAACACCGAGAGACCCUACACGAAGGUGGUGCAGCAAGUCCAACAUCAUCGUCCUCUGUAUUAUCAUCGUCUACAUCCUAUUCGUCAGCACAUUCCUCCGAAACAACAUCCCCAAGAAACCCCAGUACCCCUGAGCGAUCCCGCCUCCUUCCAGUUCCCGAGCAGGACGCCCCGCUGUUCACAGUCACUGAUCAGAGCACCCAACCUGGCGAACAUGGUGGCAGUUUCCCCCUUCGGGAGGUGCCCCUGGAGGAGGUAGUCCUCCACGAAGUCCUCGUCGAGGAGGUGUCCGAGGAGGAUCUGCAGACAGGUCCGCUGUACCUCGUGUCACUGCUGUUCGUCCUUCCAGUGGUGGCCGUGGCGGCCUGGUACCUGAAGAGGUAUCAUCUGGACAUGACGUCAUCCACCUGGCAGCAGCUGGUGCCGGAGAGACUGAAGUCGAUGCUGGCCCCGGACUCACCCCAUCUGACUCCUCCAGAGCCGUCCAUAGUCUCUGACAACAUCAGCGCCUUCCUUCCGACAGUUCAG